AUGGUAGUUAAUUCUUUUGACGAGUUUAGAAGAUCGUUGAACUCUCCUAUCCUCUCAAGAUCGAAUUUUUCUCAUAAUCUCAACUCCAAAUUUGGAAACAACUACGACAGGAACUUUGGUAAAUAUAGCUCAAAUCUGAACAAUUGGGACAGAUAUAACAAUUUAAACAACUUUGAUAAGUAUAACUUACGGGACAAUUUCGACAAAUACGACUCUCGAUUCGAGAGCAGAUUUGAUUUUCAGAAUAAACUCAACAACUACGAAAAUUAUAACAACUACAACACUUACAAUACUGACAAUGACUAUAACAGAUAUGACUACAACAGAUACAACGGUGACUACAACAGAUAUAAUGGUGAAAAUUAUAAUAGAUAUGACAACUUGGAUAGACUUGACAAGUAUAAUACUGGUUUUAGUAAGAAUUAUAACAACUUGUACAAUAGUGAUGAUUUAUUUGAUAUUCCCAACUAUUUAAAGAGUGUUGAUCCUUACAACACUCCUCAAAACAGGUACAAUAAUUACACUCCGGAUAAAUGGAACGAGCCGAAGCUCUGUAACUAUAACACAAACUUAAAUGUUUCUAAUCGUUUCGAUAUGAAUAACGAGAAAUUGGAUAAGAUUAAAGAGAACUUGAGUUCUUUAAAUAAAUUUGACUUUAAUACUUUCGGUUUGAACUCUUCAAACAAUUUAGAUUUAAACUAUAAAUCUUACGGGAAUACUCCUUAUAAAUCAGUUUUAAGGGAUCCUUACAAAUCAACCUAUGAUCCUUGUAAAUCCACCGAUCCCUAUAGAUCCACCUAUGAUAAUUAUAAAUCCAACUACGAUCCCUAUAAACCUUAUGAUACUUUUAAAUCUAAUUUUGAUCACACCAACAAAUUUAACUACGAUCCCACCAAAUCUAAUUUCGAUCCCUAUAAGUCUAAUGAUUUCACCAAAUCUAAUUUCCAACCCUAUAACUCAACAUCGCAUUUGUAUAAAUCGUAUAGAAGUCCUUAUAAAGAAACUUCAUACGCUGAUAUGAAAUACAAGACUUCAUUAUCAAAUAUGGACAUUGAUAAUUUAUACCUAAGGGCCAAGGAACUUAAGGAGAAGUUACUGUCAAUUAAAAACUAA